AUGGCGAUCUGUACUUAUAACGCACGUACGCUUGCAUCGGAAGCGGCCAUCGAAGAUCUGAUGAUGCAAGCCAAGAAGAUCAAGUACGACGUCAUCGGACUAACCGAGACGAGACGACGUCACCCUCUCAACGCCGUAUAUGAAACUGGAGAAGAACUGUUCUUAGGAACAUGCGACAGUAGAGGUGUUGGUGGAGUUGGUGUCCUCGUCAACACGAGUAUGGCAAAGAACAUCGACUCUUUCGAACAACUUACGACCCGAAUCGGACGUCUGCGGAUGAGAAGAUGUGGUCCAACACCAGCUUUGACUAUCUUCGUCGCUUACGCUCCAACAUCAAGCUACGAAGAAGAAGAAGUCGAAGCUUUCUAUAUGGACCUGGAGAAGUUCUACCAAGAAGAUCAUGCCUUCUACAAGGUCAUAAUUGGCGAUUUCAACGCUCAGGGAGAGAGGCUCUCCGAGUUCAUCAUGACGACUAAGACCAUCCAUGGGAACUCGCAAUUCCAGAAGCCCUCCUCUUUACGCUGGACGUGGGAGUCACCCGGUGGAGGGUACCGUAAUGAAAUAGACCACAUCAUCGUCAAUAAAAGGUUCUGCCUGACGGACGUCGGUGUUGUACCAAAGUUCUAUACGGGAUCGGACCAUCGCCUCCUCCGAGGAAGAUUUUCCUUCACAAGGAGAGCAGAGAAAGCCGCCAAGUUCAGAGAGAGAAAUCCCAGGACUAUCAUCAACUGGGAUCUCUUCGCUACGUUAGCCGGCUUUUGGGAAGAUUCCGCAAUGGACAACAUCGACGAGGAAUAUGACCGGCUUGUCGAACACCUUCACGACUGCGCGAAGAAGGCUGAGAGUUUUAAAACCACCAAGAGACGCCUGUCUCUUCAAACUCUUGAGCUGAUACGCCAGCGUGGAGCAGCACGAGCCGCAGGGAACCAAGAACUCACGUCCGAGCUCGCAAGGCUUUGCAGAGAGGCGAUAAAAGAAGACAGAAGAGCAGAAGUGCUGGCUGAAGCUGCAGAGGCGGGGAAAAGCAUCCGCUAUGCCCGUCGAGACUUCGCCAGUCGCAAGACGAUGAUGACUGCUCUCCGGAACCCAAAGGGAACAGCCAUUGCAUCGAGAAGGGGGAUGGAGAAAAUCAUCUACGACUUCUACUCUGAUCUCUUCGACAGCCAUGUCCACUUGCCUCCUCACCAUCUGAGGGAAGAUGGACAAGUCAUUCCAGAGGUUCUUCCGUCCGAAAUACGACAUGCUAUCAUGUCGGUAAGAAAUCGUACGGCACCCGGUCCCGACAGAAUAAGACCAAAACACCUGAAGAGCCUUCCGCCAGUACUCAUCAACACUCUGGCGAGGCUCUUUACACGUUAUCUGUCGGAGUGCAAGGUUCCUAAACAGUGGAAGACCAGCAAAACCGUGUUGUUGUAUAAAAAGGGGGAUCCACAUGACAUCGGCAACUAUCGUCCAAUCUGCCUACUGUCCGUCAUCUACAAGCUCUUUACAAGAGUGAUCCUUAAUAGGAUUGAAAACACGAUUGAUCACAUUCACACUGUUUCGAAACUCAUCGAGGUAUCACGAGAGUACAAGAUACCGCUCUGUCUCACCUUCAUCGACUUAAAAAAGGCCUUCGACUCGGUUGAGACGGAAGCGGUCGUGGAAGUCUUGGACAACCAAGGCGUCCCUACUCAGUAUAUAAAGGUACUUCGAGAGUUGUACAGUAACUUCACGACCGGAAUUUCGCCAUUCUACAAGAACAUCAUCAUUGACGUGAAGAGGGGGGUCCGACAGGGUGAUACAAUUUCACCCAAAAUAUUCACAGCCACCCUCGAGAACGCAAUGCGAAAGUUGGAAUGGGACGACAUGGGAGUGAAGGUUGAUGGUCGGCAGCUACACCAUUUGCGCUUUGCUGAUGACAUCGUACUGGUAACACCUAGCAUCAGCCAAGCGGAACGAAUGCUGACCGAAUUCGACGAAACAUGUGGAUGCAUCGGUCUUCAGCUGUCUUCAGGUGAAUUCUCACAAACUAUGGUAUUAGAGGUGUCCUAUGAUCAAAACAAAUGGCGAAACCAAUAG